AUGGCCUUUGCUAUUGAUGAGAUCAACAGAAACUCCAACCUGCUACCUAAUGUGACUCUGGGAUACAGUCUUUAUGAUAACUGCGCCAAUCUAGGGAUUGGAUUUCGUGCAGCAUUGUCCUUAGUCAGUGGUCAAGAGGAGCAGUUUGUAUUAGACGAGACCUGUGUUGGAACCCCUCCAGUAGUGGGGAUUGUGGGUGAUUCUUCUUCUACUCGUUCUAUUGCCAUCUCCAGUGUCUUAGGCUUGUACAGAGUGCCUAUGGUCCGUGCUAUGAUUCAGAUUCUAAACCACUUUGGCUGGACUUGGGUUGGCCUGUUGAUCAGUGAUGAUGACUAUGGACUUCACGCUGCCCGAUCCUUCCAAUCUGACCUGGUUCAGUCUGGUGCAGGGUGUCUGGCCUAUUUGGAGGUUAUGCCUUGGGACAAUGACCAAGAUGAAAUCAGGAGGAUUGUAGAUGUGAUGAAGAAAUCGACAGCUCAUGUGGUCAUUGUGUUUGCACAGGAAACUCACACGAUUAACCUCAUGGAAGAGGUGGUGAGACAGAAUGUGACAGGCCUGCAGUGGAUUACCAGUGAAGCUUGGACAGCAGCUACUGUGCUGCACACUUCCGAUUUUAUGCCAUACCUGGCUGGCACACUGGGUAUCGCCAUCCGUCGAGGAGAAAUCCCAGGCCUCAGGGAAUUCCUCUUACAAACACAUCCUGACCUACACAACAACAACAGCUAUGGAAAUAGCGUGAUCAACCAGUUUUGGGAACACAUAUUUCAGUGUAGAUUUGCACCACCUCCAGCAGACUGGGUAGAUGCUGGAGGAGGAUUAUGCUCUGGACAGGAAGAUCUACAAAGUGUGGAGACUGAGUUCAUGGAUGUUUCAGAUCUCAGUUCAGAGUACAAUGUGUACAAGGCUGUGUAUGCACUGGCAUAUGCCCUUGAUGACAUGCUGCGCUGUGUGCCAGGCAGAGGGCCUUUCAGAGGACACAGCUGUGGCAGUUUGAAAGAACUGGAGCCAUGGCAGCUGGUGUAUUAUUUGGAAAAGGUCAACUUCACCACAUCAUUUGGUGAUCAAGUGACAUUUGAUGAGAAUGGUGAUGCCUUACCAAUAUAUGAUAUCAUGAACUGGCUGUGGCUCCCUGAUGGAACAACUAAACUUCAGAAUGUGGGUGAGGUUAAGAAGUCAGCCUUCAAAGGUGAAGAACUCAGAAUUGAUGAAGACAAAAUCUUCUGGAACUUUGAAUCGAAAAAGCCACCCCGGUCAGUGUGCAGUGAGAGCUGUCCUCCAGGUACCCGCAUGGCCAGAAAGAAAGGGGAACCUGUGUGCUGCUUUGACUGCAUCCCUUGUUCUGAGGGAAAGAUCAGCAAUGAGACUAACUCAUUGGAGUGCACCAGUUGUCCAGAGGACUUCUGGCCCAGCCUCCAGCGUGACCACUGUGUUCCCAAGGAAACAGAGUUCCUCUCCUACCAUGAACCUCUUGGUAUUGGCCUGACAGCUGCUGCAUUGCUAGGCACAUGUAUCUGUGCUGUUGUCCUGGGCAUCUUCAUCUAUCAUCGCAGAACACCAAUAGUACGCGCCAACAACUCAGAACUGAGUUUUCAGCUAUUGCUGUCACUUAAGUUAUGUUUCCUGUGUUCACUGCUGUUUAUCGGUCGUCCCAGACUGUGGACAUGCCAGCUGAGACACGCAGCAUUUGGGAUCAGUUUUGUGCUUUCCAUCUCAUGUAUCCUCGUAAAAACUGUGGUGGUUUUGGCUGUGUUCAAGGCCUCCAAGCCAGGAGGUGGAGCCAGUCUGAAGUGGUUUGGUCUUUUCCAGCAGAGAGGGACAGUCAUGGUUCUUACUUCUGUUCAGGCAGGAAUCUGCACUGCCUGGAUUGUAUCUGCCUCCCCAGUUCCUCAUAGAAACACUCAGUAUUACAGUGAUAAGGUUGUUUAUGAGUGCGUCGUUGGGUCUACAGUUGGUUUUGCAGUUUUGUUGGGAUAUAUUGGCUUACUAGCUGUCUUCAGUUUACUGAUUGCAUUUAUAGCAAGGAACCUUCCAGAUAGUUUCAAUGAGGCCAAACUCAUCACUUUCAGCAUGCUGAUCUUCUGUGCUGUGUGGGUGGCCUUUGUCCCUGCUUAUGUCAGCUCACCGGGCAAAUAUGCAGAUGCAGUGGAGGUAUUUGCCAUCCUGGCCUCCAGUUUUGGCCUCCUGGUAGCACUGUUUGGAGCCAAAUGUUACAUAAUCCUACUCAGACCAGAGAGGAACACUAAGAAAGCCAUCAUGGGUCGAGGCAUCGAAACAUAA